UGCCACGUCAUCAGAGAGCUAGGGGCAAAAGAUGCCACGUGUUUUCUUAAUUUUCGUUGCUAAAAUUAUGUUCUCUAAUUGGGCUGUAACUUUAAUUCUCGAGCAUUAUGUUUAGAACUAACCCUUUCUACCUUCUCUUCUCUUACGCAGCUGUUUCUGUCGCCGGAGUUGGGUAAACGGCAACAAUUAUGCUUCCUUCUCGCAGCCACCGUUACGCUAAGCAUUAACGUCACUGAAUCAAAGCUGAAGGCUGGCCGAUACAAACAAAUGAUGAAGGGAUGAUGCGUGGUGAAUUGAUGCGAAGGCUACGCUUAUACAAGGGUCGAUCAACGUUCACCGGCUAAACACCUUCAGACAUGUCUUGCAAGAAGGCUUGGUUUAUGAGCUAAGUGUUUUCGAUGUGGCAUGAAGCAACCCGAGCUUCAGGUUUGGGGAUGCUCCUGUGUCUAUUAGGUUCACCGAGCAUACCAUCUUUGUUGAGCUCACUUAAACCAAUGAGCUGAUCCAGAGGAAGAGUUUUCGGUUCUGCAAUCAUGACUGGCUUUUCGCACUUGCCAACACGAAUACUGAGUUACAAGAUAUGGUUGGCGAAGUUAGUUGUAUCAGAACAGCUUACAACAACAAAGAGACCCAUAGUACUCAAUGCCUUAUGGCAACUAUAAGGCUUGAUAGCAGCUUCUACAAAGACAGAUACCCCUGUAUAGAAAUGAGGAACAAAUAGUCGAGAGGGAACAUUUAAGAGGGUGAUUGAUCUUUUGGUUAGAGAGAGAGAAAUUAAAAGACAGAAGAUGCAGAAAGAGAGCGAUAACAAAAGACAUAGGUGCAAGCUCAUCACUCAAACUGCGAUGGCUUUCCUAGACUGUCUGAAUCUCAGACACUCAUCUUCUUCUUCAGACAUGGUGAAAGCUAAAGCAAGAAAUGAGGCAGAAGUAGCUUCAUCUGUCGAAACUUCUGCUAGGAGUCUAAACGUGUCGAGUAAAUUGACAAGGAAACCGCCGGUGAGCUCAGGGAAAAGAGGUGGAGUUAACAGCUACGACAUGUAGGAUGUAGCUACAAGUCUUUUUUUAACUUUGUCACGGUGUAAAAUAGGGUGAUCUUUGUGUACCAGUAACUCUAAAAGAAACUUGAUUUGCGUCUCGAGAUUCAA